UUUCUAGAGCAACCCCCAGAAAUUUAAACAUGGACACCAACAUGUCUCUAGACUGGAAGUGGGGGCAUUAGUUAGAUAAAUAUAUUCUGUUUAUCGUGACAUAGACUUCGAUAAAAUUGUCGCGCGUUCGAGAUAGAUGGUAGAUGUAGCUGGCAAGCUACACUACGUCGACCUAGACCAUGUUGUUGGAUGUGUUACAGGGAGCAGAAGCUGGGUCUUUCAUCAUUUUCAGAGACUCUGCCAUUUGCCCUGGUCAUCGUCUCCUUAAGAGUUACGUCCAUGCUGCUCUGAAAAGGGAAGAUGUGGUCCAUGUUUUGGAAUUUGAAACCAGUGAGGGGGAACUGACCGCUGGAUUGGAUGCCAAUUGUGCCCAGAGGCUGCAUGUCCACAGUGGAUUUGUGGACCCAUUGGGCUGGAUCCAGCGCUCAUCUUUCACUGUUCAUCAGUUCACGUCUCAGGACAUAUCAGCCCUGCUCUCAUCUAAACCUCAGUCAAAGCCUGUUUUGUUAGUCAUCGACUCCCUGUCUUGGCUGAUGAGACACAUAGAUCCUGUAGUCAUAUGCAAACGACUCCAGGAGAUAAAGAGAGGGGGAGCUGUUAAGAGCAUCGUAGGACUCCUGCAUGCCGACCUGCACCAAAGUGGCGUGGUGGCCAGCGUGUGUAAUUUGGCCUCGACGGUCAUUUCUCUGACACCAAGGACCAAUGGACAGUGGGUGUUGGCUCGGACAACAAAACGAACCAAAUCAGGAAAGGUUCUCCAAGAGGGGGAACUUUUUAGUAUCCAGGAGGAUCUGAGCGUGACUGUGCAUAGCAAAGUGAGUCACACUACAGUGACGCAGCCAGAGACGGACACUGUCGAGGGCAACCCGGCAGCCAACCUGACCUUUAACCUCCAUCUAUCAGAGAUGGAGAGAGAAGCGAGAGAGAAGUUGGCUUUGCCUUUUGUCUUCAGUCAAGAAAAGAAGUCGGCUCUGUUGAAUGCUGGACAAGGUGCAGGUCGAAUUCUUUAUGAGCCAGACGCAAACGAUGACUUUGACCAGGAGGACCCUGAUGAGGACCUGGAUGUGUGAGAGUCAGGGGAUGAACAGAGAGAAGAAAUGUGUUAUUAUUUUUUAUAUUUGAAAUAUUCUCAUCACCAGUCAGGUGUGUAUCAGCAGUGCCGUGUGGAUGAUGGCUGUACCAUGAACACUGUGCCAUGUACUGUGUGACCAGGGCUCUAAAUUAACACCCGCUAACCGGCCAAAUGCUAGUGAAAGUUUACUUUAGAUGGUAGGAAAUAAAACUUACUAGCCAUUCUGACACAUUAGUAAAUGUGCUUUUGGCUAGUAAGAUUAACAUCUGCUAGCCAUUUCGGCAGGUGAUGGAAAAAAGAUAAUUUUGAGCCCUGACUGUGACCCACAAACACUAUGCCACCAAGUGCUGUUAAUGAAGACUAUUGAAUUCCCUGGAAGACUAAUGUCAUUACAGCCGCGCUAAAUGAGGCUGCACUUAAUAUCCAAGCUCUGGCCAUUAUUGACUUGUCUAAUCAAUGUGUCUGUUAUUGGUACCCAGAUUAAAUAUUAGUAUUAUUAAAUGACUUUGUUGAAAGCCUUAUACAAGUUGAA